AAUCACAGGCGUCGGUGGUGGAAACCGGGAAAUGAGAACGAGAAGACGGAAAAAACAAAAGAAGUUCAUAGUAGAUGACGAUAAUGGGAUAAUUAACGUUUUGUACACAACUUAUUACUUGUUUGCAAUAAGUGCUAUGUCUUGGGCGAAGUAUUACAUGCAGGUUUUCAGGGAUGAUUUCUAUUAAUGCCCCGCAAAGCCUUAAAGACAGAGAAGCCUGCCCUGCUGUUCCUGGAGCAGCCUGUGUGUGGAGCCAGAUUGCAAAAUGUGCCUGAUGUCCGAGCAGCACUCAACCCCAAAGAGUUCUUCACAGACACGCAGGCACAGGACAGCUCUGCUCUUACUUCAUGGGUAAGACCACAAUUCGACGGUUCUAUCGCAGCUGUGCCUCCAGUGAGACGAGGGAGGAGAAAAUGCGUCUCUGCCACAAGCAUCCUCGACGGUUGCAGUCAGCUGUCCAGAAAGACGAGCGUAUGCAAAUUCCCUUCAUUAUCAUUUCAGACAAGGUCAAGAGAGCAAUCUCAUCAACCAAAGAGCACACGCACAAAGACGUCUACAGAGUCCGCUGUUGUGUCUGACGCAGGAAAUCAACCCCGGGGAUCAUGCCGAAUCAUCAAGAGGACCGUUUCAAGUGGAAAGUACUCUGAAACACCAAAGAGACAGCCGACCUCGAUCAGAAAAAGGAAUGUGGAUAGUAUUUCUAAAGGUGCUGCAUCCUCUAGCAGAUGUUCAGACAAGCCUGAAACUCCACCUAUUCAAGUAACAGAGAAAUGCAGAAUUCCAGCAGAUGGUUUGUCAACACCAGUCUCCAAUGAGGUCAGCAGUGUCAGUCCACCACCGGAUGUGGACACUCCAAAAGUAAUUCAAGGAGGGAAUAGCUGUCCCUCCUCCACCUUUCUACACAUGCUAGAGGCUCAGCCAUGUACACCACCAUGUAAUCAGCCACCUGACAUUUUAGUGGCUGACACACCAGAGAGGGAUUAUGGGGUGAAGGUGACGUGGAGGAGGAGGAGAGGUUUGAUGAUGUUGUUAAAAGAGAGGGGCCAUCUCUCUGAUUCAGAUGCCGUAAUUAACAGCUGAUGUAGAGGGUUUUGUAAGAAGACGAUUAGGCAAUGUCAACCGAGAAUGUCACCGAUUACUCAUCGGACCACUUCUGAAUGCCCAGAAUUCUUUCUUCUUUAUUGCAGUGAACGGAGCUGCUGCAUUUUAAAGUCAUGAUCACAUUUCAGUUCAUUGACUUUUUACUUUGUGUCACUUUUGAUUGAACGUCAUUAUGAUAAACCAAGGACAUUAUGAAAUAACUCUCUCACCCACCCCCCAAAAUGCCCAACCCUGGGAGUUAUCAUUGUAAGAAUCAAAUGAUCAAAUCAAGUAAUGGGCAAAUAAAAAAAGCCAUAAUUACAGCAAUAUCCAAAUUGUAAGCGCUUUUUUUUUCCAUGAGUGAGAAAAUAUUUAGACCGAUCUCAAUUAUACUGUACUGUUAUAGAUUAUGUUGCAAUUUAGAGACGGUCCUUGUGUUUGAAUUCUGUAUAAUCCUGACCUCUAGCAACACACACUUUUUGUUUGUUUGUUAUUCUUACAUUCGUACAUUUUGUUCGGACUAUAUUGAGCAGACACUUAUCAUUUUCCUGAAAUCUUGAGUCACUGGUGUCUUGAAAUCUGCUUUUGGUUAUUGCGAGCAUGUCUGUGUUCCUUAAAAUCCAUUAUUUUCUCUUUCAAAUGUGUUGCGUAUAAUACAUGGAAUAAAUGUAUCUGACCAA